AUGUCACAGGUAUAAAUAGCUUUUUUCCCCCCUUUGUUUUUCUAGCAUUAAUACUGGUUAGCAUUGUGCUUAUCUGCAGCUCUGUCAAUGCUAUAGCUGCAAACUGAAUUGGCAAAGGUGGUGCUGCAGAGCUUUGGGAUCUGGGGUUCAGCAAUUAACUAUUCUAGCAAGUUUUGGGGACUAAGAAAAAUGUGUUUUUAGCUUUCUCCUGCUAUCCUGCUUUCCCCCUUCCAGUAUCAGUGAAUACAUUUAAGGAUAUAGGUCUAGUGUUUUAAUACAUGCUAAUAUUUUUAUAGAAUUCUUGAAUCUUAGGGUUAUGUGCGUGUUCAGCUUUGCUUGAGCAAUGAUAGCUCAAUCUUUAUGACAUAACAUUCUGCUAACUUCUGACAACAGAAUAAAGUUUGCUGUUGAGGCAAAUGUUUUACAAUACUUGAGUUAACAGUUGGUUGGACAAUUUGUAAAGCUGAACUUUUCUUCCUGUCCACCUUUCAAGAUGAGGUGGGCGGUUUUUUGCAGGGGAACAUUAUGCUAACAAGGGCUCAGAGUGUAGAGCUGCCGUAUGUCGGAUUGCCAUGUGUUCUAUUUUUCCAGGACACAUCCCCUUUUUCAAGAGUAGAAUUUGAGACAAAUUGCACUUACUUGCUUUGAUUGGCAGUCAUAGCAUCCUCUUUUUUGCUCUUCAAAAUAUGGCAAGAUAGGGAGUUUUCAUCAUGCAAACCAUGCUUUCCUAAUGGAACCAAUUAUAUCAGGGCUAGGACGAAAGGGAAUUUUGGAGCAGAUUAGGCACACAGGCAGCAAAUAUUCAGAAGCUGUUUUAGGAGGCUGUGCCUAGGAAUUUUGUUCUGCUUAGUGUCUGUUCAAAGUAAAUAUUCACUGAAGGAAUACUAGAGAUGUUCUAAACAAGCACUCAUUUCCCUGCCACAGUUUCAGAUAAAUGGUAGGAUAGAUUGUUGGUAUGGCAAGCACAGGAAUGGUUGCAGGCUGAAAGCUUUGCCCAUGACUAAAUUUGUCACUUCAUUAACACUGGAAAUAAUGUGUUCACUGGCAGGAAUCGUAUUAUGGUCUUGAUGCCAGCAGAGCUGCUGAUCGCUCUUGUCUGUAGUGCUUGUUGACUGCUUUUCUAUCAUGGGGGAGAAGAGGUAGGGCUAGGUCUGCAAGUUCCCUGAUCUCAUGGGGGCUGCUUUUAACUCAUUUGGUUGUUUAUAACUUGGUGAGUUGCUCCUGUGGAAUGGCUGUUCCAGCAUGACACAACCAGGUGUUGGCUGAUCUGCAGAAAAGUACUUCAGUUAUAUAGGCACUAUAAAUCUGUGGGGAUGUGGUGGCACUGUGGUCUAAACCACUGAGCCUCUUGGGCUUGCCGAUCGGAAGGUUGGCAGUUUGAAUCCCCGAAACAGGGUGAGCUCCCGUUGCUGUGUCCCAGCUCCUGCUAACCUAGCAGUUUGAAAGCACAUCAGUGCAAGUAGAUAAAUAGGUAUCGCUGCAGCGGGAAGGUAAACUGCGUUUCUGUGCGCUCUGGUUUCCAUCAUGGUGUUCUGUUGUGCCAGAAGCGCUUUAGUCAUGCUGGCCACAUGACCCGGAAAGCUGUCUGUGGACAAACGCCGGCUCCCUCUGCCUGAAAGCGAGAUGAGCGCCACAACGCCAUGGGUCAUUUACUUUUACCUUUACCUUUUAUAAAUCUGUGGUAGCAAAAACAGCAAAGAGUUUCAUGGCAUCUAUAAAAUACACACUUUUUAUUAUUAUGCAUGCAGUGGCGUGCAGUGAAUUUUUUUGUAGGGUGACAGGGCCAGAGGCCCCAGCUUCUAAGGGCAAUGGGGGGGGGGAUAUGUCCUGUUGUCCGUCAUGUGGGCAUCGCACCUCCUUCCCUAAUCCAGGCAGAAGCUUCCUGGGCUUUGGAAAGGAGGAGCCAGACUUUAAUAUUCUGAUUUACCAGGAACAUUUAGGAGACUAGCCAACCCCCCUAGUUCAUUGAUUGCACACUAUUGGAUGCAUGCAUUUGUUAACUAUCAACUGAGGAUCCCACUUCAUGCGCCUGGUGAAGUGGACUCUAGGGCAAUUCCAGGCUGUCACUAUUUUGGGGGUUCAGCCACAUACUGGCAAAUUCACUUUCCACAAUUAUUGGUAGGUCUUCUGCCACAAUCUCACUUCCCUGAAAGAGCAAGCUUUUGCAAUAAGAAAGGUAGUUGGAAAAUGCCCAGAGAACUGUGAGAAAACACUUGUUUUGAUACAGCAUUGUCUAACCUCCCCACAACCACAUCAGAAUAAAUGCUCGUUAAACAGCCAACAUUGUCUAACCUUUCUGCAAACAGAUCAGGAUGAAUACUCAGUAAACUGACCAUCUGAAAGCACCCCUAGUCCACAGAAGCUUAUACAAUUAUUUAUUCAUCUUUAAGGUGCCACAAGACUCUACAAUAAUGGUUGGUCACAUGAUAAUUGUCACACCGAGUGCUUUGAAAAUAGACACCAUUUGGCAACUUUAAAGGGCAGACUAGACCUGAGUCAGAGCACUGGUUCAUCAAGCUCAGUACACUUUCUACACUGGCCAACAGUGGUUGUCUGGCAGUGAAAAUUCCCAGCCCCACCUGCAGAUGCUGGGACUUGAACCUGGGACCUUCUGCAUGCAAAGCAAAUGCUCUACCAUUGAGCUACAGCCAUAAUGUGAAAUAGGCUGCUCCCCAUUCUGGGCCAGAUUCAACUAAACAGACACACUAGCAGAAUCCAUGAAUAAUAAUAAUAAUAAUAAUAAUAAUAAUAAUAAAUUUUAUUUAUAUCCCGCCCUCCCCAGCCGAAGCCGGGCUCAGGGCAGCUAACAACAAUAAAACAGUACAAAAGUACAGCAUAAACAACAUUCUAAAAUCAUUCAUUAUAAAAUUAAUUAAUUCAAGCCUCUGGCAACCAUUGGGCCAGAGCUCCGCGAAGAUUGCCGAGGGAGGGAGUCAGGCUGUGCCCUGGCCAAAGGCCUGGUGGAACAGCUCUGUCUUGCAGGCCCUGCGGAAAGAUGUCAAGUCCCGCAGGGCCCUGGUCUCUUGUGACAGAGUGUUCCACCAGAUCGGAGCCACAGCCGAAAAAGCCCUGGCUUUAGUUGAGGCCAGCCUAACUUCUCUGUGGCCUAGGACCUUCAAGAUGUUUUGAUUUGAAGACCGUAAGUUUCUCUGUGGGGCAUACCAGGAGAGGCGGUCCUGUAGGUACGAGGGUCCUAGGCCGUAUAGGGCUUUAAAGGUUAAAACCAGCACCUUAAACCUGAUCCUGUACUCCACUGGGAGCCAGUGCAGCUGGUAUAGCACCGGGUGAAUGUGAUCUCGCAGCGAAGACCUCGUAAGGAGUCUCGCUGCAGCAUUCUGCACCCGCUGGAGUUUCUGGGUCAGUCUCAAGGGCAGCCCCACGUAGAGCGAGUUACAAUAAUCCAGUCUGGAGGUGACCGUCGCGUGGAUCACAGUGGCUAGGUCAGGGCGAGAGAGGUAAGGAGCCAACUGCUUAGCUUGGCGGAGAUGGAAAAUGCCGCCUUUGUUAUAGCUGCAAUCUGCGCCUCCAUGGAAAGGGAGGUGUCGAAGAUUACACCCAAACUCUUAACGGAUGGUGCUGGCACUAACUGCGCCCCCGCAAGAGAUGGGAGUUGCCCCCCCAAUCCCAUAUCGCCCCGUCCCAGCCACAGUACCUCUGUCUUCGAAGGAUUUAGCUUCAACCGCUCCCACGUAACCAUCCAGCCACAGCUUCCAAACAUCUGGUCAGUGUGUCUGGGGCCGAGUCAGGAUGGCCAUCCAUCAACAGAUAGAGUUGGGUGUCAUCGGCAUACUGAUGGCAACCCAGUCCAAAACUCCGAACAAGCUGGGCGAGGGGGCGCAUAAAGAUGUUGAAAAGCGUCGGGGAGAGUAUCGCACCCUGAGGUACUCCACACACCAAGGAGUGGCGCAAUGACAAUUCCCCCCCAAGCGCCACCCUCUGUCCCCGACCAGAGAGAAAUGAGCGCAGCCAUUGAAGGACUGUGCCCUGGAUCCCCACGUCGGCAAGGCGGUGGUCCAGAAGUUCGUGAUCGACCAUGUCGAAAGCUGCUGACAGAUCUAGAAGAAUCAGCAGCCCCAACCCGCCUCGAUCCAGCUGUCUACGAAGAUCAUCUGUUAGGGCAACCAGAGCCGUCUCGGUCCCAUGACCAGCGCGGAGGCCGGACUGGAAUGGAUCCAGAGCCGAUGUUUCAUCCAGAAAACCACCAAGCUGUUCAGCAACCGCUCUCUCAAUCACCUUACCCAGGAACGGAAGAUUUGAAACCAGGCGGUAAUUGGAUAGAUCUAAAGGAUCUAAUGAUGUUUUCUUUAAGAGAGGGCGCACCACUGCCUCCUUCAGUUCCCCUGGGAAUGUCCCCGUGCCAAGGGACAAAUUGAUGAUAUCCCCCAGGAGGGCCCGCACCUCGUCUGGACACGCUCUAAUCAGCCAAGACGGGCAUGGGUCGAGAGGACAGGUGGUGGGCUUUCCAGCUCGGAGGAGUCUGUCCACAUCGGCUGGGGAUAUCCGGUUGAAGUGGUCCAAUACUGGACCCGAGGAGAGUCGAGGGGCCUCCAGUUCCUUUAUUGUAUCCAAAUUGGCCGGGAGGUCAUGGCGAAGCAACAAGACCUUCUCCUCAAAAAAGCUCACAAAUGCCUCACAGCUGUGUGUCAAAUUGUUAUUUAAAUUUGGCUGUCCCUCAAGGGAUGUUAAAGACCUGAUUAUACUAAAUAAUUGCGCCGGGCGAGAACUAGCGGAUGCAAUGGAGGCCGAGAAGUAUGAUUUCUUAGCAGCCUUCACGCCAUCUCGUAGGUUUUCAUAAAAGCCCUACUAGAUGUUCUUGAGGCUCCGUCACGGGCACCCCGCCAUACUCGCUCUAGCCGUCUGAGGUCCCGCUUCAUUUUCUGGAGCUCCUCGGUAAACCAGGGAGCCCGGUUUCUGCGGGGUCGCAGAGGGCACUUAGGUGCGAUCUCAUCGAUGGCUGCCAGGAGCUGGGUAUUCCAACCCUCAACAAGUUCAGUCAAUGAGUCGCCAGGGGGAGCAAGGUCCCGCAAGGCUUGGCGGAAUCUAUCAGGGUCCAUCAGCCUCUGCGGGUGAGCCCAAAUCGGCUCGCCACCUAAGCAGGGUGGGGGUGGAAAGUCAAUCCUGGCUUUCAGAGCCUUCAUCGAAGGAGACAUGAUCACAUCUAUACCUACGCCAAAGAUCAAAUCCAGCGUGUGGCCUGCUUGAUGUGUGGGGCCCGAAACAAACUGGGAGAGCCCUAGUGUGAACUGGGUCUUGCUAGUGCAACAAGGCUUCCUCUUCUCCUCCCCCUAUGAGCCCCCACAAAUUGGCUUGCAUGUGGGUCAGGAGAUCCCCUAGAACAGCAUGUGGGAGAGGAAAGGCGAAAUAAUUCUCUUAGCCUAAGCAUUUCUGUUUGCCAGAUGGAACUAUCCUGCUAGCGUGACAACGUAUUCCUCCCCAAGUGUUCAGGCCUUCAAUAGGUCCUCCUGGUUCAGGGGAACACAAAAUAUUUGAAUGCCGUCACUGUCUGCCCAUUGCUGCUGGACAGUUUUUGAAAAGCAAGCUUUUAAAAGUCAGCCUUUAAUUUGUUCUUUGCCUGGCGCUGUUCUUUGCUUCCCUAGGGGUCUGAGUUCUAUUUUUUUUUAUUUGGUUCCCACAGUAAACUGGAAGCAAGCUAUUCCCACGCAUUCUUUAAAUAUGUAGACAUCUCCAUUGUUACAAAUCUUUUGCUUUGCUGUAUUUAAAUGGCAUUAUUGUGUAAGCCAAUUAAUUUGAGGGUUUUUGUGCCCAUACCAAUUUAUGUCUACUCUGUACCAAGAUGAACAUACUAUCCUUAUUGUUGAUUUAGCAAAAAGAGUACCUCCCACUUAUCAUGGGCAAAGAGAAAUGAUUUUGCAUUCGAGAAAAUCUCAAAGUGGAUAUGUUCAGGACCACCAAGUUAAACAAAACCAAAAAUAGAAUUUACUUCCCAAAAAUGUGCACACAAAGUGGUGGCAUCUUUCUUCUGUUUUCCAAAGCAAUUACACUAGAAAGCUGAACUGGGGCAAGUUAAAAUGCAUCAAGUUUAUUUUUAUAUUAGGUGCUUCCCAGUGUGUAGAACACAGUGUCCAAUCUGGACACACAUCCUUAAGGACAGGACAUGGGCAACAGCUACUCUUGUGCAUUGACAUCACUUUCUCCUCAUUGCACAGCACUAUCAAUUGACAUAGUCCCCCAAAUUUACAUAAAGUUCCUUGCCCAAUGAGCUUAAAUCUAUUAUUAUUAUUAUUAUUAUUAUUAUUAUUAUUAUUAUUAUUGCUAGUAUUCAUUUCAUUUCUAUACCACUUUAUAUGGGGAAGGGAAUCUCAAAGUGGUUUACAACCUACAUUAAAACAUCAAAUAAAUCAAGAAUAAAACAUUACUGAAUAAUGUAUACGGUAUACAUCCAAAGCAACAUAACUAACAGGAAAUUAAAAUGUUAUCUUAAAGAUUUCUAAAUAAUAACAUUACAAAGGUGGUCAACUACAGAAUGUACAUUUAAUGCACAUUUAAUGCAAAAAAAAAAAAAGUUAAGCAUUUCAUGUGGUUACCUGAAGGAAUGUGGCCAGGCGAUAGGAUGGAGAAGCUUAAAAUGGAUAAGGCAGCAAGUUACCUCUGUUGCAGUUAUGCUGCUCCAUCUUUUUAUACAAAUGUAUUCCUUUUUAGCCAGCUCCUGUGAAGAAGAAGCGCCCUCCAGUAAAGGAAGAAGAUCUCAAAGGGGCUAGAGGGAAGCUCUCUGGCAACCAGGAAAUCAAAUCCAAAACCUACCAAGUCAUGAAGCAAUGUGGUGAGUGUCUACUGCAAUCCUUUCUGCGAUAUAAUGUAACCUUGAGCUGAGAGCUGGAAGAAUGGAUGCUUGAAUAGUCCUUUAAACAGCAGAUUACUCAACAUCCAACGCUAAGUAGAUACUAGGGGCACAUGUUUCCAACUGCAUGUGAAUCAAAGUUCUGCUUACAAGGCCGUUGCUGCAAUACAAAUGUUUUCAUGUUAGUGAUGCACCUUUUAGACAUGCAUCAUUUCGCGAUACAGUAAUUCAGUUUUACUAGCAAACAGGAGGUUAAGCUAACCCCUUUCCAGCCCUGGGAGGAGCGCGGGGAGCGUUCGCACGACACACCUACACACUGCAGCUGACACACUCACGUGUCACAACACACAGUUUGGAAACCUAGGCUGUAUCCCAUUAGAAAUGAAACAUAAACCAUGAACGGCUGCCCCUUUUAUGCAACAGUGUCUUGCGGUUACAAAAGCAUUUUUCUCUCUCUCUCCGUUUUCUCCAGAACAUGUGCCAACUGAGUAUAGGCCUUCUCUUUCCCCAUUAAAAGAAACAUCCCCUACCCCACACAAGGUCUUUCUUUCCUAGCAGAUACAGCCCUAACAGCAAGAUUCUCCCCUCCCUGAUAGGUUUUAUACUGUGAUCAUAAUGCUGUUUGCAGGAUUACGCUACUUUUGCCAUAACACUAUGCUCCAGGGCACACCCCCCCCAAAAAAAAUACAACUGGCCAUCUGCAUUAAAUACUAAAUGGUAAAUAUUCCGGCCUUAUCUUCUCAGGGGAAGCUUUUCAAGAUGGAGAGGAUAGGUCCUUCUGUAGAUAAAUGUAUUGCAUUUUUUAAAAAGUGCAUCUGCCAGUGAGGUCCAAGUAUCCAGCAUUUCUGUGCACACUGACCCCCUGGGUGUGUGACAUUAUGUAUAUUUCAGGGAACCUUUUCACAGCUGCUGUUGAGUGUGAAGCAUUCUUGCUGUGGUAUUAAUUGUCUCCGGUUCUUUUUCCAGAGCAAGCUGGCUCUGCUGCACCAUCGAUAUUCAGCCGAGACCGCACAGGGGGGGAAACGGUAUUUGAUAAACCCAAAGAAGAGCCUCCGAAGAGUGUCUUUGGCUGA